UGCGCUACGUGCCGCUGCGGACGCGCAGCCGCCCCGCCCGCCUCCCGCCGGCCCCGCACGGCGCUGCAGAAGCCCUGCCGGCGGCGGGGCUGGGCAUGGAGCGGCUGCGGGUGGAGGCUGCGGCCUUGGAGCAGUACGCGGAGUACCGGCGAAUUGUGGGUGGUGAUGAUGGAGGAAAGCUCUUUACCCCUGAGGAAUACGAGGAGUACAAAAGAAAAGUAUUACCAGUUCGGUUACAGAACAGGUUGUAUGUGAGCUGGAGAUCACCAACUGGCAUGGACUGUAAGCUUGUGGGGCCAGAGACGCUGUGCUUUUGUACUCACCGGUACAAACAACACAGAACGGACUAUGAAGUGAUUCCCAAAGACCGUCCUAUUUGUGUGCCUUGUAGAGUGAGCCGUUGCCUGUGCCAGUCCUAUCACUAUGUCCCUCUAAAUGGCACGCAGCCCAUCCGUUGUAGAUGUAAACAUUUUGCUGAUCAGCACAGUGCAGCACGUGGAUUUUCAUGUAACUCCUGUUCCAAGUGUUCGGGCUUUCAUAGUUGCUUUACCUGUGCAUGUGGUCAGCCAACAUAUGCUCAUGAAACAGUCGUGGAAACUAAACAAGAGCACUUAGCCCAAAGGAGGCCCGUGGGGCAGGAUGUUCCUUAUGCUGCUGUGGGAGGACUGACUGGUUUUAGUUCACUAGCAGAAGGCUACCUGAGACUUGAUGACAGUGGAAUAGGGGCUCCUUCUGCUGAACUUUUAGAAUCCCCCGUUACCAGCAUGGAUCAUCCAUUUCUAAAAGCAUUUGAGGGACCUUCUAGUUCUGCUCAAACCACCUCACAGAUAGCAGGUGAUUCUGGUGCCACAAGGCAAGUUUCUCAUGGAAAGCAUUCAGAAGAUGAUGACAUGGCUUACUUUGAAAAACGUUAUCAAGAACGGCUGAAAAAGGAGAAGGCUGCUAAACGGAAAAGUCCUGGGCCAUCAAAGAAGCCAUGAGAUUAAUAAAUAAACAUUUAUUAUAUGGCACCGUGUUAAUCGGUGUAUUGAAAGUAUUUUUCACUGUGCCUACCUACAUACUUGUAUUUCUGCAUUUCUUUAUUCUGUUGUUUUGUUCUAUUGCUGAAAUUAUUAUUUUUUAUUUUUUAGUUAUCUUCUAAUAAAAUUGAUGCUUUAGUCAGUGUGUUUCUAAUCUCCAGAAUUGUUAACAGAUACUCCUUUGAGAACGCAAAAUCAUAUUUAGAGACUUACAGAACUCUUAUUUAAGAUCUGAGAGAAUAACCAUGUAUUUAAGUAUUACAUUGUAUAAGGGCGAAAUAAAAUAUAUCUUAUUCUUAGACUUUUAUUAUUUGUCCUUAGAACUCAUUAAUGGAUUUUUGCUUGGUGGGAUUUGUUCUGUUAAUACUGACAUUUUAGUCUUUACUUUAAAUCUUUUCUUUUUCUGUCUGUUGGUUUCACUGCCUUUACAUAAAAUUCAAACAUACCCUUCUUCUUUCAUGCUUCUCUAGGCUCUCUUCUUGCUAUUGUAUAAAUGUUGUUACAUGUGAUAUUUUGUACGCUUGUAAACCCCGUUUCCACACAUAGCUCCUCACUAGCUACUUCGAAGGCAUGCUGCUUGUGUACUCUAUCCCAGAUUUCUCUGGCGGUACCAUUCUCCCGAUUCCGUUUGUUGAUGCUGUACAUAACAAUGAUUCUAUUACACUAAAUUUCUGAAAACAUUAAGUGGAAAUGGAUAUGGUAUUUAUUGCAUGUAAACAAAUAAUUAUAUGGUGUGUAAUACAAACUUAUUUAUCCAAGAGAUUCUCUUUCAUCAUGUCUAAUCCAACACAGAGUCCCUCAAGAAGGGAAAUGUGCUUUUGUAUUCUUUGUCCAUAAUCACAGCUGUGGUAGCAUAAUGUUGUAUUAAAGGUAGUGGACAGGGAAAUUUAAAAUUUGGUAACUUUGUGUGGUGGUUUAAGUCUGCAAAGAGCAAGAACUUGGUACAGAAUAACUGGCAGAGGCUGCAGUUUAGGAGGCAAAAGCAGAGCCUGAGCUGGCUUUGUGAGUGCCCUUUGAAAACAGAGAGGUAUAAGGCAGUUUGUCCUUAAAAAUGCUUGAAGGCAUCUCUUGGAUUGAAGACUUUCCAGGCGGUAUGUGUGUACUGAGUCUUUAUAGCAAGAGCUGGGAGAAGCUUACAAAGCUCUUCAUUCCCAUCAGGGAGAAUGCUUCUAUGUGCCAGCUUAGCAGAAGGGGUAAGGCUGAAAGCAUUUGGUGCAGGGCAAUACGCUUUUUUGUUUAGGUAUCAGCUGUGAGAGGGUAGGAGAGUUCUUGGGAGCGCAUGCAGGUCAUACAGUGGCUGAUGGAGACGGCUGGAACCCCAGUGAGAAAGAGAUGGGUCAGUUGCCCAAAUUCAAAGAUUGAAAGAGGCCGUUUACCUUAACUCUGACCUGUACUGCCAUUACUACAGAUGCCAGUCAGAGAGGUUGUAAUCUGUUACUUUAAUUUAAAUGCAUAAUAUAUCAAAGUGUCUAAUGAAUGUUUUAAAAGUACUUUACCUUUAAAUUCUAUGCUCUUACAUACUGCUUUAAUUUAAUAAAUAAAAAAAUUAACGUGAGCUCCCUCUUCUGGUCCAGAAGCAAUCAUUUCUACAGAUCCUCUGCUUAGUCUCAUAAAUAAGUGGGGAUUUCACAACAGAAUUACAAGAAACAAAUGUAAAUAACAUUGUUAAAAAAUUAUAGUAAAAAUGUUCCUAUUUCAGUUUUCUAAGCUUGUAAUAAUCUCUCUGUAGUGAAAGUUUAUUUGUCUUUCAUAUUUAUCCUCAUGGCUAUACCCGUUGGGCAAUACAGUUCCAGAAAUGUAUGUGUGUAUUUCAGAGAUGUAAGUUUUUCACAGCAAAAUACUCUUCUAGACAGAGGUUUUACUAGUUACAAAAACCCCUGUAUUUUCUGUUUCUUUUUGUACUGAUAACUUUCACUUUUAGGAAAUAACAUAUUGUGCAUUUAAUGACAUUUUGAGUUAAAAAUACUUGCCACUUUUAAAUGUUUGCUUUGCCAAAUGUAGUCUUACUAACUUGUACUUUGAUCAUCGUGAACUGGUUUUAUAAGUCAAUUUUUAAAAAAAUUAUUCUGAGUUUAAGCUUAUUUAACAUUUCCACCUAGGUGAUACAAAAAAAGUUAAUAUAUUUAUUUCAUGGUAUUUCUUUUUAGUUGGAAAACAGGUGGGAUCAUAAAAAUACCAACUGCAUUAAAUAUUGCUUAAGGGCUUGUGACCACUUUUCACCCAUGUUGAUGAUGUCCAAGUAAAAAAACCUAAUUUUCCUUAAUAGAAGAUAUACUUUUGACUUCUCGGUAUUCAUGUAGUACUUUUUUGUAGCAUUUUUAUUUGUACAUAUACAUGAAAAACCAGUUACAAUAUAUCUCACAAUGUUGCUGGCUGUGAAAACUGGACACUGAUGUCACAUCUUAAAUUUGGACUUAACUGGAAUUACUCUUAUUUUUAUGCUAAAAGAAAUAAUCAUAAUUUUGUAGGAUCAAAAUUGCAACCUCCAAUUCUAUUGAUAAAUCUCUUUGUACUUUUAUGAAAAAAGAACAUUUGUGUAAAGGUAAAAGCGGAGACCAAAUGCUAGUAUGUUUGCC